AAAAAAGAAUAUUGAGAAAUGGGAAAAAGCCGCACAAGCAUAGUUUGGUUUAGGAGGGAUUUAAGGAUAGAAGACAACCCAGCUUUAGCAAAUGCUGCUAAGGAUGGGAAAGUACUGCCUGUUUUCAUAUGGUGUCCUAAAGAAGAAGGUCAGUUUUACCCUGGCCGGGUUUCACGGUGGUGGCUUAAACAAUCACUUAUUCAUCUACAGCACUCAUUAAAGUCUCUUGGGGCAGAAUUGGUUUUUAUCUUAGCGGAUAGCACUCUUUCUGCCCUUUUAGACUGCGCUAAAGCUGUUGGGGCCACAAAAGUCGUCUAUAAUCAUCUUUAUGACCCUGUGUCACUCGUUCGGGACCACAAUAUUAAGCAAAAGCUGUGUGAGGUCGGCUUUAGCGUGCAGAGCUUUAAUGGUGACCUUUUGUUCGAGCCAUGGGAGAUCUAUGAUGAUAACGAGCAAGCUUUUACGACGUUCAAUGCCUAUUGGGAAAGAAGCUUGAGCCUGGAAAGAGAACCUGUUGGCCAUCUCCUGCCUUGGCGUCUCAUUCCAGCUGAAGGAGAAAUUAACCGUACCACAAUCGAGGCAUUGGGUCUGGAAAACGAGUCCGAAAAGUCGAGCAACGCCUUACUAGGAAGAGCCUGGUCCCCAGGCUGGGCCCACGCCAACAAGGCUUCCACGGAAUUCAUCGACCGCCAUCUCCUCAACUACGCAAACGACCGUCUCAAGCUCGGAUGCAACUCCACUUCCCUCCUCUCUCCAUACCUCCACUUUGGCGAGCUCAGCUUCCGCAAACUCUUCCAACACGUCCGAACCAAGCAAAUCAUCUCGAAAAACGAGCAAAACCAGCUCGGAGAACAAAGUACGUCACUCUUCCUUAGAGCCAUCGGCCUCCGAGAAUACUCUCGCUACGUGUGCUUCAAUUUCCCUUCCGCACACGAGAGGCCUUUGCUCGGCGGCCUCAGGUUCUUCCCUUGGGAGGCAGACGAGGUUCGGUUCAAGGCAUGGAGGCAGGGUCGGACGGGGUACCCACUGGUGGAUGCCGGCAUGAGGGAGUUGUGGGCCACAGGGUGGAUCCACAACAAGGUGAGAGUGAUUGUCUCGAGUUUUUUCGUCAAGUUCUUGCGUUUGCCGUGGCAGUGGGGGAUGAACUAUUUUUGGGACACGCUCUUGGAUGCCGACGUGGAGAGUGAUAUUCUUGGAUGGCAGUAUAUCUCCGGGAGUUUGCCCGACGGGCAUGAGCUUCAACGUAUGGAUAGUCCACAGAUUCAGGGAUUUAAUUUUGACCCAGAAGGCGACUACGUCCGACAGUGGCUGCCGGAACUGGCUCGGAUGCCAGCCGAGUGGAUCCACCACCCGUGGGAUGCUCCUCUAACUGUUCUCAAAUCCUCAGGCGUCGACUUGGGCAUAAACUACCCCAAACCUAUAAUCGACAUGGAUUUAGCGAGAGAUAAGUUAACCGAGGCCAUAUCCAUCGUGCGCGAAAAAGAGUCGAUGGAAAAUGCCGCAAACACGAAUUGCACGGGUGAAGUUGUGGAUGACAAUGGGGACGCUAGUAACAUUAAUGAAGAUGUUAAGGAAAAAGAACAAUGCCCGGAAAGCUCGUCCCGCGACCAAAGGGUGCCGUCGGUGAGGAAAUCGGAAAAUGGGGUUCAAAAUAGAAAAAGACCAAAGUCGGGAGAUGAUUUUGAGGAUGAGGAUAAAUUGGAGGUCGGUCGGGAAAUUGGGGGCAGGGUUAGGAAAGUGAAUGACGAUGACUUGUGCUCGACAGUUGAAUCUUAUUCGGCUAAGGAACAAAUGACGGAUGGUAGUAGUCGAAUUUCAUUUUGUGUUCCGGAGAAUUCUUCUCUGAUGUCGACGGCCGAGCUGUGUAGGGAUUGUGAGUCAAUCGGUGUCAAGUGCAGGUGGCAGGACGAGAUUGGCGAGGAUGAGAUGUCGAGGGAAAAUGGUAAGAUGGUGCAACUGAAAAGGUCGUUUGUGAUCAAAUGAUAAAUUAAUUAGUUAGUUUAUCAUAUUUUCUUUUGCUUUGUAGUAGUUGCACACAUGUUGAAUCUUGAAAUCAGAUAAACUUGAGAAUGCUUACUGGUUUCUUCUCUCGUACAAUCAGGAGGGCUGAAUUUGGCAAAUCAGAUUGGUGAUGAGGACAAAAGCUCAUAAUUUAGUAUGUCGCUGUGUAGACACAAGUGGAUGAGAGUUAUGGCAGUGGCAUGACGUUCCUUGGUUCUCUUGUAGAUAAGUUUGUUAUAUCUUUUGAUAAACCCUUUUUUUUUUGUUUUUUUUUUUCAGUGUCAUACUUGUGUUCUUCACAAGGGACAUGUUUGUUUUUGGCUGUAGAAAACAAUCUUACUUUGUUAAGAUAAGAGUUCUGUUAUUUGUUGGGUAUUUUGUUUUGUUUAUGCUCUAUGUGAAACUCUCAUGGAUAUAAUACCCUAUCUGAAACUCUCAUGGACGAUACAAAUAUAUCAUUAAGUUGAAUAUAUUCGGUAA